AUGGCCUUCACCGAAGCUCGCAUGGUCCUUGAGGCAGAUGCCUGGACUAGCCCCGGGUUGCAGAGGCCCGAGUACGGCCUGUCGUUGACCAUUUUCGCCUACAACAGUGAUCAAAUCUUCACGUUCAAUCUCCCUACCUUCAACUUCGGACACAUUGUCGUGAUUCUCUGCGACAGAUGGCUGCACGUCGUCCGCAACACGCUGCUUCCCAACGACUUUGUCAGCGAGGAGCAAGCCAACCUCCUCAUCGACUUGUUCCUCCUCCUCGAGGGCGCGCUCUCUCAAUCUCAUGGUGACCCUGCUGAUGAAGCACUUGCUGCGGUAGUGCUCUAUAUGCAGUUCCUCUUACCUGCGAGACUCUUCCAGGAUCCCACCGACCUCUUCGCGCUCACGUCAGAGGAGCUCCGCUCGAGGGAUGAUUGGGCCUUGCGGCAUGCCGCACGUGUUGCCCCGCCUCCCAUCAACACCGAGCCUACCGGCGCCCCUUCUCCCGCUCCUCCUGCGAUUGGCAGCAACGGUGCCACGCUCGUGUCCGAUGGCCAAUUGGUGUGCGGCACGGACCUGCCUCGAGGCCUUGUUGUUGCAAGCGACGCUGAUGGUGAUGACGACAUGCCACCCCUCAUCUCGCCCACUAGCUCGGAGUCAGAGAUCGGGGAUUUCUAG